AGAUUUUAAAAGAAGAAUUGGCAAGUUAUAUUACAACGUCUUCCAUUUUCAUUCUGGAAAUGUCUGCCCCAAAAAUUCUUUUAGUGUUUUGUGCAAUGAUAGUUAUCUCUCGUGGCGAUAUAUCGAGGCGUUCAGAGCCCGGGACUGACAGCGAUGAACUCUUUUCGGACAGUGUCGAGAGUCGCGAAGAUGAAAACCAAGACUUUCUUCCAGAAUUUUACAACCCCGAUGAUAUUCCCGAUGCACCAACGAAUCCCCCUAGUGACAACAAACGAACUGACUGUUUGGAAGCGCUGUUCAUCCAAGCUGGAUUACGCAAGCAGUCGAUCCCGCGCUACAUUCAGGCCUUCCGAAACAACGAGUUGGACGUCGAUUCCCUGUACGGACUAAACUUCCUUGAACUUGUUACUCUGCUUCAGGGCAAGGCUUUCGGCAUAACCAAUGCUGGAGACAUCUUCCGACUUCACAACUGCAUCCAUGACUAUGGAAAAUGCAUCAUGAAACCAUUCUGCCAGAAUAGUGGACGAUGUGUACAUGUGGAUAUCAUCCGACAGCAUAUCUGCCAGUGUCCUGAGGAUUUCCAGGGCGACCAGUGCGAAGAGAAGGUGAAGGAUCGCCUCAGUAAGGUAGAAGACACUGUCGUUUUACUUCAGCAUCAGGUUGCUCACUUUGGUGUGUCUUACACUCGCUGGGGAAAGGAAACGUGCAACGAGACAGCUGGAGCUUCCCUAGUUUACACCGGGUUCAUGGCUGGGUCUUUCUAUACUCACAAAGGUGGUGCUGCCGAAUAUCUCUGCUUGCCGGAGGAGCCUCAGUAUGGAGACUUCAAACCUGGCGUUCAGUCAGGAAACCUGGUGUAUAUUAGUGAGUUGGAAACUUCUCAUACAUUUCAGCCUUUCACCGGCCUGUACCAGCACAAUCCACUGUGUGCAGUAUGCCAGGCUGACUCUCGCGUGUCCCACAUCAUGAUUCCAGCAAGAAAUACCUGUCCUCAGGGCUGGACUCUGGAGUACCAUGGAUAUCUAAUGGCGCAGCAUCAUACACAACGCCGCACAAAGAAUGUUUGCGUGGACGUAGACCCAGACGUUGCCAAGGGAACAUCAGCUGACCAGAAUGGAGCUCUACUGUACUUCACGGAGGUCACGUGUCAGAGUGAGAUGUCAUGUCCCCCAUACGACAAGCAGAAGGAGCUAACGUGUGCAGUAUGUACACGUUAACUGUAAACUCUGUAAUAGUACAUGUAGUCCAAUCACCCCAGGAACGUAAUGUGCCACUCCAAAAAUCUCUCCACCAACGUUUACAUUUUGGCACUUUGCGACUGGUUUGCACUGGAUGUUCUGUCUCUUCUACUUUUGGAUUACUGAGAAUUAUGAUUAGUGAUUUACCAAACUCUUGUCUCCACCUCCAGGCUCUUAAUGGACAGUUAGGCGUUUCUUCCCGCACUCUCUUGUACCACAAAACCUAGAUACCUACCGUAGCAUUAAACUGCUUCUGUCUCUCAAUGAACGUCCCUACACGACCUUACACUGUUUUCAAAAACUAUCCAACUACUAUAAAUUUUAUGUUUUCAUAUCCUGUCUUUUUUAGAAAUACAUGUACAUGUUCCUUCUAUUUUCCAACGCUUGUUCCUCCACUUCUCACCUCCUUUUGGGAGGCCUCAAUUUUCUCCCGCACUCUCAUUGCCAUGAUGGAUCUCUUCCAAACUCGCACUGAAUCUCCCCGCAGGUCCUACCAUCACUUGAAGCGGGACUUAUUAGAUUGAACAUUUGCACAAUGUCGUCCUGAUAGCGCUGUACUGUAUUUCCUGUGCCUUAAAAUUCCUCUCCCCCAACCAAUCUGUGUUACUCAAAUUGUUACUUCCUAUCUACGGCUGCAUUUGCAUUCAUAAUUCAAAGAUAGUAUUGAUGCCAUGUCUAAAUUAUAAAAUAAAAAGUCCAACUCACAA